AUGAAGGCUUACCCAGCAAGCGUCGCUGCUACGUUGGGGAUCUUCCUGGCACAUGCGCUUGAUGUUGGCCGCAUUGCGCGCGGCCCCUUCACAAGCAAGUAUUUGGAUCAAUUUGCAUUCUGUGACUACCAUUGUCAAUGCGGGCUUGCCGCGGCCAGUUCACUGUACCACUUUUUGGGUGGGUUGGCUUGUCCAGCCAUUCAAUCUGUUUUUGGCGCCAGGUCAGUAUUUUUGACAUUCUAUUUCGCCAAUGUAUUAGCUGACCUUGGAAUGUUGACUCCCAAGUAUGUCCUGGCAUCCGUUGUUGCAUCUUCUUUUUUGACUCAAAAUGCUUUGUUGCCCUAUGGUGAGGGUCUUGCUGAGAUGACGGCUGUUUCGCGCAAGCUUUCCCAGUCACACCAUGUGAAGAUGCAUGGUCUUGCACAGCGUGCAGCUGGGCUUCUUGGACCUUGGAUUGGUCUUCUCAUCGGGGAUUUUGAAAGCUGCGUUUGGUGGUCUCUUAUUUUGACAGUGGCUGCAUCCAGUUUGCCUUUUCUCUUCGAAAGUUGCGGGGGCAGUGGUAAUGAUGUGCACCGGGCGCUUGCCUACGACAGCCACAUUCCACCUGCUUUUGCAGAUGCUGCAGCAAAAUCAGCUGUUGCAUUUGUUCUUCUCUGGCGUUUCUUUUCUGCGUUUGGAUUCUAUGCGUUCAAUAUGCUCUUGACAUCGUCUCUUUUACAUGCGGGGCCCUGGCUCCUUGCCUCAGUUGGGAGCACAUGUGGCAUUGGGGAAUUGGUAGCCAUUAAAAUUUCAUUUUUGCUUGACGCGCGGCAGCCUGAUAGUGGCAAGUUCAUUUGGCAAAGCACAUCGUCAGUGGCAUCAGUGGCAUUGAAGGUUGUUGCGUUGGGUCGCUUGAGUGCUUUUUUGGUUUCCAGCACGGGUGGAGCAGCCGGCACAAGUGUAGCAGGCAGUUCCAGCUUUUCUAUGGGCAAUAUCAUCAAUACUUUGGACAUUGGUGUCUUACUAUUUUCUUUAUUGGUUUCGAUCUUGGCCGCGACCCUGUUGAGUGACCUGCAAUCACAAGUGGUGUCGCGUAUUGUGCACAUUGAAGGUGGAACUCACAUACCGCAUUUGGAGAGAGCAGCAGAUGCCUUGGCUGGGGUGACUGGCCCACUUUACAUUCGAAGUGUAGUGGCUCAGCAUGGCUCUGGGGUCGCCAUGGCAGGCAUUUUCAGUUUAUACAUCGUGAUGCACAUCUUCAUUCAUGUGGGCUUGAGCCGAAUCAUCGCGCCUUUUCUCACAGGCAUACGUGCCAGGCACGUUUCUGGCCGCGCAGCUGAGCCGAAUGCUCAUGAACGCGAGCAGCGGGGCAGGUCAACUGCACACCAUCGUGGCUCAAGUGAUUGAAGCACUUGCGAGACAGAGGCCCGAGAGAAAAAC